AUGCGAUCCUUUGUUGCUCUACUUACUCCGGUCCUCGCCGCGGCCACUCCCAUCGGUAUCAUCGGCGGAAGUGAUACUCCUAAGCCAGAUGAGAUUAGCAUCAUCAGCGCUUCCGCCAGUGGAAACGGGUGCCCCCAGGGAACCGUGACUUCUGACCUCUCGACCGACCGAAAGGUCAUCACCUUCGGUUUUGACGCUUUCCAGGUCUACACCGGACCUGGCACCAAGCAGUCGGACAAGUCCAAGAACUGCCAGCUUCACUUGAACCUCAAGUACCCUGGAGGAUUCCAGUUCGCUAUCGUCGAGUCUACUUACCACGGAUACGCUCAGCUCGAAACCGGGGUCACCGGUACCUUUUACUCGACCUACUACUUCUCUCAGGAUGCCGCCGCUACUACCACCACGAGGACUUCGAUCGACGGAGGCGGGCUCUGGGCUGAUGGCCAGGUAUACACCAAGCAGGACCAAGUCCCGACAGCUUCCGUCAUCUGGUCUCCUUGCGGCGCCACCGGAAUUCUCAACGUCAACAACCGCAUUGCGCUAACGUCGAGCAACGCGAGCGCCUCAGGCCAAAUCUCCGACGACGACGCCACAGUCGCCUUUACCCAGCAAGUGCACGUCAGCUGGCAAGCUUGCAAAUAG